AUGGCGACGGCGCGGGGCGCGGGGCCGUGGCUGCUGCUGGCGGCGGUCAUGCUGUGCGCGGCGGCAGAAUCUCGCUGCCCUGCGUGCGCGGCGGCGGCGGAGCGCAGGCUGCUGGAGGAAGCGGCCAAACGGCAGCUGCUGGAGAAGCUCCGGCUCCGGGAACGACCCAAGCUCGCCCACGCCAUGCCCCGCGCUGCCGUGGCCCGGGCACUGCGGAAGCUGCAGGCGGGAGGUGCCCGUCGGGGCCCCGAGGAAGAGGAGGAGGAAGAGCGGAGCUACGAGAUCAUCAGCUUCGCGGAGCCAGAGCCCAGGUCCCCCUCUGCCUUGGGACUGCAGUUCCAGUUCAGCCAUACCCAGGACCAGGACAUUCACAUCCUGCAGGCUCAGCUUUGGCUCUACCUCCGAGUGCCUCGAGACCUGGUGUCCAGCCUCAGCCUGCAGAUCUUCCUUGCUGGUGGGGAAGGGGAGGUGGCAGGGGGCAACCGCACGCUGCUGAGCGAGCAGCACCUGCGUGCCAGGGGCAGCGGCUGGCACAGCCUCACCCUCAUGCCCGCCCUGCAGAGUUUCUUUGGGGGCGCAGGCAGGACCCUGCGGCUGGAGCUGGAGAGCCACGGGGGCGAUAUUGUGGCAAUGGUCAAUGCCACCUGGUCCCACCAGCCCUUCCUGGUGGCCAAAGCCAGGAUGCGGGAGCCAGGGCACCGCGUGGCCAAGCGCAGCCUGCGCUGCAGCCAGAACUCCAACCUCUGCUGCCGCAGGGAUUACUACCUGGACUUCCGCGACAUCGGCUGGAACGAUUGGAUCAUAAAGCCCGAGGGCUACCAGAUCAACUACUGCGUGGGCCAGUGCCCUCUCCACGUGGCUGGCAGCCCUGGAAUGGCCUCCUCUUUCCACACAGCUGUCUUCAACCUGGUCAAAGCCAACAACGUCCAGGCCUCAGGGCACUCCUGCUGUGUGCCCACGCGCCGCCGCCCACUCUCCGUCCUCUACUUCGACCGCAACAGCAACAUCGUCAAGACUGACAUCCCUGACAUGAUCGUGGAUGCCUGUGGCUGCAGCUAA